AUGCUGGGCCUCACUUUCAAUAGGACCAAUGCAAAUCAAGACGGUGCCAAGACGGAGACGCCACCUCCGGCCGUCACAGCUCAGGGGCUGCACUGCUACGAGUGCCUGAUAACCUCAGACUUCAGCUCCUGCAGGUUGCGGACAUGCUACUUCCCUGACAGCUUCUGCAUCUCCCAGGAGGUGGUCGCUGUCAUGGAGCAGGCCUCAGGGGGGCAGAGCGUGCUCAGUUCCCUCUCUCCUGCGGGGUCUGAGACCGAGAAACUGCAGAGAAAGUUCUGCCUUCCCACCUGCCCGAAGGACAGCUACCAACUCAAGAGCAUGAACAUCUUGGGUGCUGUGGUCAACUCCACGCUCUCCUGCUGCAAGGGUGACCUCUGCCGCGCCGGCGCCCUGGCCACAGGCAGCCUCUGGGCCCUGACGUGGGGGCUCGUGCUCAGCCUGGGCUCUGUCCUGCUCUGGGUCUUGCUGUGA